AUGUCCGAACCUCCGAAGAAGCCAUUUGCUUGUGCUAUCUGCCGAAACAAGUCAAGUGGAUGCCACUAUGGGGUACUGUCAUGUGAUGCUUGCAAGAUGUUCUUCAAACGAACUUAUUUGAUGGAGAAGUACUAUACAUGUAGAAGGCAGGAAAGUUGUUACAAUAUGGACGGUGGGAACAGAAAAUGCAAAGCGUGCCGCUUCAAAAAGUGCCUGGAAGUUGGGAUGAACCCUGAACUAUUUUCUCGCUCCGAAUCUCAAAUAAUCUCAACAAAUAUCCCCACACAACUAAUCACUCAAGACCAUCGAAAUGCUGAAUUUCUGCAAAAGCUGAAAAUCUUGGACAAGACUCGCCAUGAAGUGUUCAAGAUUAUCGACACCUACGAGAAUCCGAGUUUCGUAGAUCUGGUUCGUCAGGAAUCCCGACUCAGUUGUUAUCUUAGGCCGAAAAAUAUAAGCUGGGAAAAUACAGAACGAAAGUUGAAGCCUUGGGGAUCUCUGGGCAUGCUUCUCGCUGUUGAAACUAUCAAAUCUUUGGAUUUUUACCCUAAACUUUUGCUUUCUGAUAGAAUUCUUCUCCUGGAAACCGUCACUCUGAAAAGUUUCCAUCUCUCCGUUGCCUUCGAUUCAUUCUCGCAGAAAAAGGAAAAAAUAUUGGCGCCCGAUGGGUCGGAAAUGUUUCCAGACUCGCUUAACAAAAUGGACUUUUGUAAGGAUCUAAUUAUGAGAUUAUUGACAACACCAGUUAAGCCGUUGAUUGCAAUGAAAUUGACUGAAACGGAGUACCUGCUGCUGGGCAUCAUUGUGAUCUGUAAUCCAGAAAUCGACGGCCUAUCCCCCUCGGGAAAAGCGAUAAUCACCGCAUUCCUCCAAAAAACUAUUAAUGUUCUUCUCCAGUUCUGCCUCAUCAACAAUCCUAGAUCUGCUCCUAGUCGACUUUUAGAGAUAAUUUCUAUCAAUCAGAUCCUGAAUCGGCAGUUCCACGCAAGCUACAAGCUAUUUGAUGCUCUGCGGAAACAAUGGGACCCGACAAUGAGCUUCCAAAAAGUUUUGGUAGAAAGUUGCAAAACGAGGGGAUAUGAUUUGAGUUAGAGACAAUUAUUAUAACUUGUCCUUAUGAUUUGAAAUCUAUUUUAGUGUGUAGAGUUUGUUCUAAUAAAGUUUGUUU